AAGGAAGCAGAAGCAAGGAGGUAGCAGCAGCAGCAGCGUCUUCUCCUUCUUCUCCUCGUCUUCUCCAGCCAGGCGUCUCCUCCCGGGUCCCUUCUCUGCCUUUUGAAUGAGGAAGAGGCGGUAGUAGCCUCGCCGAGAGAGGGAGGCUGACUGACAGGCUCAUGCUGCUGCAGAAGAAGUGUGCACAUUUGGAAUCCAAAAUAAAAGUCAAGAGGCGAAGAUAUAAUGAGAGAAUCUUGUAUACAGCAAGACUGCAUUCUUCAUUUCAAGACAAGACUGCGUGACAUGUCAUACCCGUGAACAGGGUUAUGUAUAAUGAAGAUGGGAACCAAGACUUACAAAAAGUGACCUCUGCCUAUAAGGAGGCAGAUUCUGAAAGGAUGUUACAUCACCACUGCCGGAGGAACCCUGAGCUACAGGAAGAGCUGCAGAUUCAGGCUGCGGUGGCCGCUGGGGAUGUCCAUACUGUCCGCAAGAUGCUAGAGCAGGGCUAUUCCCCAAAUGGUCGAGAUGCCAACGGGUGGACCUUGCUUCACUUCUCGGCAGCAAGAGGGAAAGAAAGAUGUGUUCGUGUGUUCCUUGAACAUGGAGCUGACCCUACGGUGAAAGACUUAAUCGGUGGCUUCACUGCUCUACAUUACGCAGCCAUGCACGGCCGGGCCCGGAUUGCGCGCCUGAUGUUGGAGUCAGACUACCGCGCCGACAUCAUCAAUGCCAAGAGCAAUGAUGGCUGGACUCCCCUCCAUGUGGCCGCUCAUUACGGCCGAGACUCAUUUGUCCGGCUCUUGCUGGAGUUCAAAGCCGAAGUCGACCCUCUCAGCGACAAAGGCACCACGCCGCUUCAGCUGGCCAUCAUCCGCGAAAGGUCCAGCUGUGUCAAAAUCCUCCUGGACCACAAUGCCAACAUUGACAUUCAGAACGGCUUCCUGCUACGCUAUGCUGUGAUCAAAAGCAAUCACUCUUACUGCCGGAUGUUCCUUCAGAGAGGCGCGGAUACAAACUUGGGGCGCUUGGAAGAUGGACAGACACCUUUGCACUUAUCUGCUCUUAGGGAUGAUGUGCUGUGCGCACAGAUGUUAUACUAUUAUGGUGCAGACACUAACACAAGGAACUAUGAAGGACAGACUCCACUGGCGGUUUCAAUAAGCAUUUCGGGAAAUAGCCGGCCUUGUUUGGAUUUCCUACAAGAAGUAACAAGGCAGCCCCGGAACCUGCAAGAUCUAUGCCGAAUCAAAAUCCGCCAGUGUAUAGGCCUUCAAAACCUCAAACUACUUGACGAACUACCGAUUGCCAAGGUCAUGAAAGACUACUUAAAACACAAAUUUGACGACAUCUGACAGUUUCACCAGACAGUUGGACAAAAUACGCAAGAUGGGUUUCUGUUCCAGAUACCUUUCAAAGGCUGGUCACCUUGCACAAUGUAUAUCCUAUGCAAUUUCUGAUUUUUUGUUUUUUGUUUUCCCAAGAAGUCAGAAGGCAGGUAUACAAUUCCUUGAGAGGAGGAGGAGAAGGAGGUGUUUUAUACCAAAUGCUAGAAGAUCUUUUUGUUUUGAAAUUACACGUUCUUGGUCCAGGUUUACACAACUUAAGCUCUUUUAAACAACCCUGCCAUGGUGGGUUUUUUACGUCCCUUUUCUUCCUGGUUUGUUUGCAGGAGCUUUGGUUUGUUUUUAAAGCAUCCAAACUUGCAUCUUUGGAAUGAAGGAAGUAACAUCGCUUGCAAGGAAGCGCUUCCCCUUCCCGGGUAGCAUCCCUAAUACUAUAAGCUAAAGUAACCCUAGACAAACAGAAGGCAGGAGAGUUGAAGGAGCAAGCGGUUAGGCACUGCUCUUGGGUUCCUCUGUUUGUGGGGCAUUUCAGGGAUGCUCCUUUUGGUGGAUUCGGCCUCUAGUACGGUUUCUGUACCGAGGAUCCAUAUAGACAACACCUGUCAGGAUUCCCAACAGUUCACUGAAUGGACACAACUUUCCCCAAUACAGAAUUUUCCUCAGGCUUGUAGCUCGGAUGUCAGCAUUCACUCUCAGCAAGGCAACUCUUUUAAAACAUUGCCACCUUAAUUCUUUUUUUCCUUUUUCUUUCUUGUUUACAAAAGAUACAUGUUGUAUUGUUAGCAUAAUUAUUGUCUUUUGGAAGCCCAUAUGUCUUAUCCCUUCCUUUGAUGCCAGGAUGCUGUUUGCAAUUGAGUUUUUACACUGCUGAGAUGCCUCUGUGGUCUCUCUUUUCCCCCUAUAAAAGCAUUAACAGAAUUUGGAACAGAAUUUCAAAGCCUACACAUCCUGUUUCUCAUAUCGUGCCUCAUGUGCAAUAAUAGUUUUUUUUCCUUCACUUUAUAUUUUCUCUACCACACGUGUGAUUUUUGUCACACAUUCUUACCCCUGGCCUCAAUGUGAUGUUUUGUUACUCUUGGAAUUGCUGCUUUAUUGCUGUUGUUUUUGUUUUCCUCUUCGGAAUAUCAAAAAGAUUGAAUUUGUAUUUCUUGAAGCUCCCUUUUGCCUUCUGUUUUCCUAUGCAAGAGACCAAUUUAUGGUGUAAAGCAGUGGCUCUCAACCUGUGGGUCCCCCUAUGUUUUGGCCUUUGACUCCCAGAAAUCCUAACAGCUGGUAAACUGGCUGGGAUUUCUGGGAGUAAUAGGCAAAAACACCCAGGGACCCACAAGUUGAGAACCACUGGUCUAAAGAGUCUGAAUUGUCCAUUCGCUCCAUGAUAUUGCUCUUCUGUCAUGUUUUCAGCUUGGGAUUGAGCAGAACCUGUGCAAACACAAACUCCUGCAUCGUGGAAAUGGACCAUCUGAAAAAGAUUCACAUCUCAAAAUACUGAGAAAUGUGAAUGGCGUGGACAUUUACCCGCUUUACUUACCGACGGGCAGAUUUGAGCAAAGCUUGAAUGUGAAUGCUGUGUGAAUACUUCACAUUUCUUUGUGUUUUGACACAUGGAGUGGUUGGCCAUAAACAUGACAAAAGUAGCACCCAUGGUGUCUUCUGAUGCAACUUGUCCAAGGUCGCAGCCAAAAGAAAUCAUCACCUGAUCGCACAUCUAACAUUGCAGAAUCCCAAUUCGUACUUGAAAGUAGUGCAUUGCAAAUUGUAACGUUGGCUGUCGUGGGCAUUUUAGAUAGAGAAAGCACCAUCAGUUGAAAGCAUCACCGAGGCUGGUCUCUGGAGGUUGUCCUCCGUAGAUCCAGUCAAGUUGUGUGACAAUGUUGGAGAAUUGUUAUCAUUUGUCAAGCGUAUGUCAGGCCCUCUUUCUUGAAGGAUGUGUCAGGAGGCAAGCAACUGGGGGUCAAUUUUCCUUUUUCAGCAGGUAGGUCAGGAGAAAAGAAACCAUUUUCAUAAGUGUUGUUUCUUUUAGCUGACAAAUAGAUUGCAAACAUCAGCCACAAAUGAAUGACUUCUAUUGAAUCUUGGGUUUGGUUCAAGGAAGCAACAUCAGAAAAUAACAGAUGGCUGGCAUGAAACCCAUAGCAGGCAGGCAUCCAUUAUUCUCCUUUGAGAAUUGGCCAAAGGAAAACACGUCCUUUUGUGAAAAAUAGAAUGGCCAGGUCUUUCCCCCAUUCUGGAGCCACGGGAAAGGCCACACGUUCUUUAUUUAAUAUUCCAGAAGAACGACUAGGGUUUUGCAAGGAUCAAGAGAGGUCCCUAUUCUCUAAAAAGCUAUGUGUUCUGAAAGAUGUUUGAAAAGUCCUCCGAGAGCUUGUUUUUUCAGAUUUUUUAGGUUCUCUAAUAUCUAAAGCAGUGGUUUUCACCCUGUGGGUCCCCAGAUGUUUUGGCCUUCAACCCCCAGAAAUCCUAAAAGCUGGUAAACUGGUGGUGAUUUCUGGGAGUUGUGGGACAAAACACCUGGGGAGGGACCCAUAGGUUGAAAACCACUGGUAUAAAGCCUCCAGACAGGUGGAGGUUCAUGGUCAUGCUGAAGUGCAGUGCGUUGGCACAAUGGAGUUGCAUAUGGCCGCCAUAUUUUUAUUAUUAUUAAAAAGUACACUCUUGGCAACCUAGUUGACUCUACUAGUUCAGGGACCCAUUGUAAAGUGAAUCUUACUCUGUCUUGCUGCUGUGACUUAAAAAGAAUUAUAAAUCUCUUGUUGAUUACAAAAGCGCUAUUUAA